AUGUCUACUAUACUUGGGUACACUAAUGAUUUGUGUCUUGCUCUGCAAAGAAAGGAUCAAGAUAUUGUUGGUGCUAUGAGACUUGUCACUUUGACAAAAGUUGUAUUACAGAAAAUGAGGGAGAAUGGAUGGGAGGCUCUUUUAGAUAAAGUUACCUCAUUUUGCAAUGAUAAUGACAUUGGUGUUCCAGAUAUGGAGUCUCGAUAUAUCCCUCAAGGAAGAUCAAAGCGUUUUGCUCAACAAGUUUCAUAUCUUCAUCAUUUCCGAGUUGACAUGUUUCUAGAAGUAAUUGAUUUACUACUUCAAGAACUUGACAAUCGAUUUGAUGAGGUCAAUAUGGAGUUGUUUAUAUGCAUGGCUUGCUUAGAUCCUAAAGAUGGCUUCUCUUCUUUUGACAAGGAAAAGGUACUCAAACUUGCAACUUUUUAUCCAUCUGAAUUUUCAAGCAUUGAUUUGAUGGCUCUUGAAUGCCAACUUGAUAUAUUUAUGGAGGACAUGAAAAGAGAUGUUGGGUUUCAAAAUUUACAAGAUGUUAGUUCUCUUUUGAUGAAGCUUGUUGAAACUAAGAGACAUGUGACUUAUCCUCUAAUAUUUUUGCUCAUCAAGUUGGUGUUGAUUAUUCCUGUUGCUACUGCAAGUGUAGAGAGAGCAUUUUCUGGAAUGACGUAUGUCAAGAAUAGGCUACGAAAUAGCAUGGGUGAUCAAGUUCUAAAUGAUUGUUUGGUUACUUUCAUUGAGAAAGAUAUGUUUCUACAAGUUUCCGAUGACGAGGUUGUGAAACGCUUUGAAGAAAUGAAGACUCGUCGAAAGAUAAAUUAG